AUGCCGUCAAAGGAGACUCGAAAGCACACCCAACUUCCAGCUCCUGCUCCUCCUUCUCCCUGGAUACCCAGAGCCAUGAGAACCUUUCCCUUAAUUUUUGCCGCCUUCAUUCUUCUUGCUCAGAUUUUCUCAGCCAGGGGAGGCAUUCAAAGGCAGAUGCUUUGUGCGAAGAUGAAUGGUCGCUGCGAAGCCCAAUGCCUUUCCUUCGAAGAUAAGAUUGGGGGCUGUAGAGCCGAACUGACACCAUUUUGCUGCAAAAGGAGGAAAAACAAUUAA